UUUUAUAUGUAAAUAAUUGACUACGUCACAGUUACUCUCUCAUCUUUCAUCAGACAACCAAGAUUCAGAAACUUGUUGUCUUCUUCCUCCCAUGGCUAUCAACAACUUUUUGCUCUUCAGUUUGACUUUCCAGCUGCUCCUUCUACUUCGUGGUUCAUCUGAAUCUUCACGAAUCACCGGCGAUGUGUCGCGAACGCCCAAGAAGUUCCUCGAAUUAGCCAAGAGUCAGGAUCUUUUUGAUUGGAUGGUGAGAAUCAGAAGGAAAAUCCACGAGAAUCCAAAGCUGGGUUUCGAGGAGUACGAGACCAGUAAACUCAUUAGAUCGGAGCUGGACCUCAUGGGAGUUAAGUACAGGUAUCCAGUCGCUAUCACCGGCGUUGUUGGUUAUAUCGGCACGGGAGAACCGCCGUUCGUCGCGCUGAGAGCUGAUAUGGAUGCGUUACCUAUGCAGGAAGAUGUUGAAUGGGCGCACAAGAGCAAAGUACCUGGUAAAAUGCACGCUUGUGGACACGAUGGUCAUGUCGCUAUGCUUCUUGGUGCUGCCAAGAUGCUUCAAGAACAUCGCCAAGAUUUGCAGGGAACUGUGGUGCUUAUCUUCCAGCCAGCUGAAGAAGUUUUCGCCGGAGCGAAGAAGAUGAUAGAAGAAGGAGCUUUGAAGCAUGUGGAAGCCAUUUUCGGGAUUCAUCUUACCAACCGGGUUCCCUUUGGCAAAACCGCUUCACUUGCAGGUUCCUUACUGGCUGGAUCUGGCUUCUUCGAGGCUGUAGUAACUGGUAAAGGUGGUCAUGCUGCCAUCCCACAACAUACCAUAGACCCAGUUAUUGCAGCUUCUAGCGUCGUCCUAAGUCUUCAACAUCUGGUGUCACGUGAAACCGACCCUUUGGAUUCAAAGGUGGUUACAGUUUCUAUGGUUCAUGGAGGCAAUGCCUUCAAUGUCAUCCCUGAUUCAAUCACAUUAGGAGGAACUCUCCGAGCAUUUACUGGGUUUUCUCAGCUUCAACAAAGAGUCAAAGAGGUUAUCACAAAGCAAGCAACAGUUCACCGGUGCAAUGCACCAGUGAAUCUAACACCACACGGUAAAGAACAAGUCCCACCAUUAGUGAACGACAUGGACUUAUACAAGCAGUUCAAGAACAUGGUCGGAGAUUUGCUGGGUGAAGAGUCAUUUGUGGAAGCAUCGCCUGUUAUGGGAGGAGAAGACUUCUCCUACUUUGCAGAAGCAAUCCCUGGCCACUUCUCUUUCCUUGGAAUGCAAGAUGAGACAAAAAGUUAUGCCUCUACUCACUCAUCGCUCUAUAGAGUCAACGAAGAUGCGCUUCCCUACGGUGCUGCAAUGCAUGCAUCGAUGGCCGUACAAUACCUACAAGGCCACUAAACGGUCCGACUCACCCAAAGAGGAACUCUAAAACCACUAUCUGAUUUUAUUACAACUUUGUUCAUAGUUCAUUGGAUAUUUCUAUAGACCAUAAAAGACACUUGUCAGGUUAUUAGUCUUAGAAUUCAAACUAAAUGAUUAAACCC